UAAACAAAGAAAUAACCAAGAAACUGUUUUCUUCUUCUUGUUCAUCUGUCACAUCUAUUUCUUUUUUUUCUUCUUUUUUACAUAUAAUUAAUUUCGUUGAUAUUCUGAGAAUCCGAAGCCUUCGAAUUCGAAGAGCAAGAGAACAGCACCACAUACAGAAAAAUGUCAAAUUUUAAAGAAAACAAUUCAGCACCGAAGAUACAUGUUGAGGCUCCGCCAAUUACUGAUCCAGCAAACAGCGGGAACCACCGGACUCCGCCACCGGCGGCCUCCUCAAACGACGGAGUGGUUGCCGGAAUCCUGAGACGGUGGAAGAGGGAAGAAUUGGUGAAGAAAGGGGCGUUGCCACUAAGAGUUGCCGCUCUGAUUUUUUCUCUGAUUUCGUUUCUUGUAAUGGCGUUCAACAAGCAUGGUGAUUGGAGAGACUUCGAUAAAUAUGAUGAGUAUAGAUAUUUGCUGGCUAUUGCAAUUUUGUCAAGUCUUUUUAAUGGAGGCAUAUUGUUUCUCAAAGAAAAAGGAAAACAAUUGCUUCAGCCCAGAAUGGCUGCUAUCAUUUACUUUGCAGGAGACCAGAUCAUGGCAUAUCUGUUGUUAUCAUCAGCAUCUUCAGCAAUUCCUAUAACAAACAGAAUGAGAGAAAACUCGGACAAUAUAUUCACUGAUUCUUCAAGUACAGCCAUUUGCAUGUCCAUUUUGGCAUUCAUUUGUUUAGCAGUGUCAGCACUCAUCUCUGGCUUCAAACUAUCAACUCAACCUUAUAUUUGAAAUCUUCAUUGAUUUUUUUUUAUUUUUUUUACCCGAUAAAAAUGUUUCACACUUUCAUUUAAUUGUGUAUACCAAUCACAUAUGUUACAGUGAGAUAUGGAAAGUUACUUAUUUUUUACCCUAUACACCAAAAUAAAUGAAUUUUGCUCUAUUCUUGAGACU